AUGUCGGCCUACAAGGGACAUCGCGGACCCAACGUGUCCCAGUACAUUGCAGACCUGAAUAUGCUGUCGCCUACGCAAGAUCUGCUCGCUGAUCCAGUCCCUAUCGAAGACGAGUUUUCCGUCUUUCUCAACGCAGACUUUUACGACGUCAACGGCCCUCUGAAUCCCAGUAUCGAUUUCACAUCUCCAGUCGAUUUCAACGUCGACGUCGACUCUGCACCGGCCCAACCGCCGAAAACCGGCGUGUCUCCUACGCGACCAUCGGAAAGCACUGGCGUCGAGCCUGUCAUGGACUUCAGCUUGCAAGGCGACUUCUCCUUCACCGACUUCAACAGCUUCGGCGCAAGCACAUUGCUUGACCCAUCCCUACCUGGCUUGCCUCAACCACAGCCAGCAGACUACUCUCUGCCACCUACAUAUGAUUCAUCGACUUCGUCAAUCCCUGCACUCGGUCACGAUUUCGACUCGAGUCUGAAGAAGCGCAGGCUGGAUGACGAUAUCCCGGAGCACUUGGAUGCGAAUGCCCGCCUCGCCGCCGAAGAAGACAAGCGACGCCGUAACACCGCCGCCAGUGCCCGUUUCCGUGUGAAGAAGAAGCAGCGCGAGCAAGCACUCGAGAAGACUGCCAAGGACAUGUCCGACAAGGUCAACAUUCUCGAGACGAGGAUCCAGCAGCUCGAGACAGAAAAUGCAUGGCUCAAGGGCCUAAUCACAGAGAAGAACAGUGGUAAGAGCUCAUCUGAGCUCAUCGCUCGUCUAAGUAAGCACGAGGAGCAUGCCAGUGGACGGAGUAGCAGCACGCACACGGACGGUGUUGGCACCAGGGCUGAGUGCUCAAAGGUGGCCGCCUAA